AUGUUCCAUACUUUCGAGACUGCACAAUAUCACAGCCCAGAACAAGCCGAGCAAAAUGCAAGCUCGGCCACAAAGCGAAGAACCUCCACGGUGAGGGCUUGCGAGCCUUGCAGACGCCGGAAGAUCCGGUGCAGCGGAGAGCAGCCCUGUGAAACAUGUCAAUGGUACAGGAAGGCUGCGUCGUGCCAUUAUACCGAGCCCAGACAGCGACAGAUCCCCUCCAGAAGGUCUGUCGAGAAGAUUUCUCAGACGCUCCAGGAUUAUCGGGUCAUCCUACAAAAGCUCUUCCCAAACGUGCACCCAGACCAGCUGAAAGAGCUCCCUCGCGAAAGACUUGUCGACCUUGUCCAGAAGGGCAAUCAAUUUCAUCCCCCAUCGCCCCGGACACCCAGCGUGGAAGAGAAACCGCCUCCCGUGAAUCCUGAUGCUGCCAACCUCGAGCAGCUGCAACCGACGCCGGAGGACGGCAAUGACGGAUUUUUAGACCGCAAAGCCCAUGCUCUGAAGGGAAUUACGGACGAUGUCAACAUGCUGUCCUUGUCAGUCAAGCAAAAUUCAACCUACCUUGGCAUAUCUUCUGUGAUGGCGGUCCUGAGAGUCAUCACCUGGCUCGAUCCAGAGUGCCUGACCAAAUCUCCCGAGAGGAGCGUUAUUCCAACCCGUGAGCCAUCACCAACUCCGGAGAACAACAGGAUGGAGUCUGAUCAGACAAGAAUCGACACCUCUUCGGCGUCCGCUUGGGACGAAAUACCUCUGAUCAACGCAUACUUCAGCUAUGUCCAUCCGUUCAUACCCUUGAUUGAGGAGCAAGUCUUUCGAGAUACCUAUAUGGCGGCACAAAGGACCGACUCUCGCUGGCUUCUACUUCUCAAUAGUGUCCUAGCCAUGGGCAGCGUGGCAGCAGGGACGUCGGAGGACGCGGGCCAUCAUGUCUACUUCAACAGAGCGAAGCAGCACCUCAGCAUGGACACGUUGGAUUCUGCCCACCUUGAGACUGUCCAAGCGCUUGCCAUCUUGAGUGGCUUUUAUCUUCAUUACGUCCAGAUACCCAACCAGGCAAAUGCCUUGAUGGGUGCGACCUUGAGAGUUGCGACCACGCUGGGACUGCAUCGAGAUUACACCGAAGGUGUUGGGCCCACAAAAGUCCAGAAGGCAUCAUUCUCCAUUGAGAUGCGCCGCAGAAUAUGGUGGUGUACGUUCAUGUUGGAUGCUUGGGCCGGCAACACUCUAGGAAGGCCGAGCAUGGGUCGAAUGAGCCACGCCAUUACAGCCAAACCGCCUCAAGAACCCAUCGGGCAGUCUACGACCAUGCUAGCAUUGGUGCAGGAGAACAUCCGCUUCUGCAUUAUCAGCACAAAGAUGGAAGAUGCCCUUGCCGUCUCUCCUCUUCUGGAAGAGUAUGAGCGGUGUCCUCUGGAUGCCCUAUAUCAAGAGUGGUACAAACAUUCAUCUGUGCAAGCAGACUCUUCAUGUCCAACCCACAACGAGCCGCCCGGCGUCACGGUUGUCAAAAAUGUCAUGAGAUGGCGCUACUUGUCGAAUCGAAUCAUCCUUCACCGCCCUGCUUUGCUCUGGUAUGCCAUGCGCAAGAUCCCAUGGGAGAGUCUCUCUCCGGAGAGACAAGCGGCCAUUGAGCUGUGCCGUGGCGUUUCUGCGGAUCUGAUCAAUGACAUUGCCUCCACCUGGCGAGGUCAGAAGGCUUGUCAGAUGUCCGGCUGGAAUGCCACUUGGCUCGUCUAUCAAGCCGUGAUGGUCCCACUUCUUUCACUCUAUUCGGAUCCUCACGACGUUGACGUGGUGGAGAGCAGCCGCCAUCAAGUCGAAGUCGCCAUGCGAGUCUUGAAGGAGCUGCAGGGCUGGUCCAGCACCGCUCGCCGGUCGCUCGAGGUGAUUCUUCGGCUCUUUGACGUCAGCAAACGCCAUUCUGCCGCUCUGCAGGAGUUCCACGAGACAUACCUGCCAAAUACCAUGGACACGCCGACGUCGUCCACCACGCCGGCUCCACAACACGCACAAUUGACGACGAUGCCGGCGCCGUCGUUCCGUCCCACCUACAUUGACGUCUCCUUUGCCAAUACCUACGGCAACAUGGACGACCUGAACACAGCCACCCAGGAACUGUUCAUGGACAACAUGUUCGACACGCUCAACUGGAGCACCAGCUGGGACAGCCCCAUUGGCGGGACUCCCAUGAUGAACGGCUGGGAUUAUAGUUCCAUGCACCACUGGGCGGGCAUCCCCCAGGGGGAUGAAUAUUUUGGCGGUUUCGCCCUUCCUGCUGACGAGUCCGACCCCAGCAGCCAGAUGGGUGUGGACCCUGCGGGCGCAGGAGGAGCACCUCCUGUAGGGGUUGGCACUGGACCAGGCGCUGGACCAGCAGGGGUCGGCCCUUUCGACGUGGACAUGCACCACCAACACCCCGCCGCCGCCGCCAAUCCCGGGGAUAUCAUGAAUGCGCACUAUGCACAUGGUCCGAGUAUGGAUCAUCGGCCCUCUCGAUGA